CACCGACCCGGUCAUCAUUCUAGCCUGUCAUGGAGUGUACUUCAGUGGAGUUCACUGACUUCUCCCGAUAACUGGGCGUCUCUGUACGACUUGGCUAUGUUGGCGAACGAUUUGUGUGGCUGAACCUUGGGACAAGCUAUGCCGGACGCUGGCGGACGGCAUGUCAGCGAUCGAGUACCUGCAGAGGGAUCUUCAACAUCAUUCCCACCUCUUGUCUUGUUUCGUUCUUCCUCGUUGCGCUGCCUGCGACCUUGCGUGCUUGCUCAUACGUUCUUCCAUCCCCCAGAUUUCUAACUUGUGCUGACCUCGUCCGACUCGUUUGUUCAGUUAGGCGAAACACCAUUGAGGAGGGUUAGAGCAUGGGUGCUGGCGCAUAUCUGGAGCCUUUGGUGGUGGUGGUGCUGUUAUUCGGGGGUGCAUGGAUCAAUCGAGCGACCGACUACAACUUCUCUAGGAGGAUAUACAGAAGGAACGAAUUGCCUACAGCCCAUGGUGUGGAAACUGAUGACCAUCUUGACAUCGCCGAGGCACAAUUGAGCCAGUCCAAGAGGUCCCUUUCACCGUCUCUACUCCCUUCACAAGCGAAUCGAUGGCGAGAACGAGAUAUCUGGAUAGCGGGAUACCGGAAGACUGUUGUGACGCCAAAUACUGCUGUCUUUAGGAAUCGAUUGCUCAGCCGGCUUCUCCACAAAUUUCCGUUCCUUGUCGAGGCCUGGUAUUGGGCAUUGAUUUACUGGGUAUAUCAACUCGGCCGAGCCUUUACAGCCUUGACUCUCGUCGAAGGAACCGUCCAUGUGGCCCGCCGCCAUGCCCUUCAAGUCAUUGCGGUCGAACAACACCUUCAUAUCCUUUGGGAAAUUCCCAUUCAGAGAUUCUUUAUGGGCUAUCCCGUGGUCAUGAGAUAUAUCAACUGGCUAUAUUCCUUCAUACACAUCCCUGGUACGAUCGCAUUCCUCGUGUGGUUGUUCUAUUACACUAUCACGAGCAAUCGCCUUGUCCAAGACCGACAGGGUGGUCAGCCAGGGUCAAUUCGUGUCAAUUCGGCGGCUGGACCUCGAUUGUACGAAGCAAGACGCAGGACAAUGGCAACAUGCAAUCUUCUUGCAUUUGUUGUCUUUACGCUCUGGCCAUGUAUGCCACCGAGACUGCUCAGCGAUCCAACCUACAAUGGCCCAGAUGCCGAGUUGGCGAAGAGCUUUGGUUUCGUGGACACCGUCCAUGGUGCUGAAGGAGCUAGCAGUGUUUGGACACAGAACAAAUUUUGCAACCAAUAUGCUGCCAUGCCCUCCCUUCACUUUGGCUAUUCACUUCUCGUCGGCCUGACCAUUGCGACAAUCCCUCUUUCACCAGUCCAUCGCCGAAGUCGCUCCGUUCACCUCCCUAUAUUCAACAACAGCCACCCCGACCUUGCUCCACACAUCCGCCUACCGAGUUCCGCACGUAUGGCAUGUCUCGCCAUCGGAUGCGCCUAUCCAACAAUGAUUUUGAUCGCCAUCGUCUCUACAGCCAAUCAUUUCAUUCUUGACGCCGUAGCUGGAGCUAUCGUCUGUGCGGUAGGCUGGAAGGGCAACGAGAUUCUAUUGAAUUUACUCGUUCUAGAAGAUUGGUUCUUGUGGGCUCUCAGAAUCCACAAACCAGUUCAAUCUGGAGAAGAGGAUGUCGGCGCGGCAGACAAGGGUUGGAAUCCUGUCGCAUUCACGGGUGGGAAGCGAUGAGUGGAUUUUAGGGUCUGCAAUGUUUCCAGGAGCGUCACCCGGAAUCACUUGUACUCUCACUCUUAAUGUACAGAGCAUCAACCACGACGAUUUGGAAUAUCAUCCUACGAGGUCAACGAAUAUCAACGAGGCGUUAUAUCCAGGAUUAAUCGGUUUAGCGAGGUGUUGGUCUCGGUUUAUGUUGAUCUCUGGUUUUGUCUUGUGGGAUUCAAGUUCUGCAUUUUCAAAAAUAGCUACCUAGUUUGUCGACUAAGACAUUUAAUACCGAAUACACCAUAUCGUAGGUCUAUA